CACCGGGACGGGUUCGUGUUCGUAAAUGUGUAACUUGUAACCUGCCGCUGUUUGUUUGUUUAUUAUUAUAGCCCCCCCCUCUCUCUCUCGUUUCCGCAUUCAACGAAGAAAACAAAAAACCUUCACCUACCACUUUAUAAAACCCGUCCCUUCUCUUCUCCUUUCCCAAAUCAUUUGAUCACUCUGUAUUGUGUUUUGUUCCUUCCUUGGUUCGUUCCCUCCACAAACCAAAAACCCAACAAAAGAACGUUCAUUUUUCAUUUUCGUUUCUAAUAAAGAGCAUGGCCGGUGGUUCUAUCAAGAGACAUUCUUUCUCCGAAGAGGACCAUGGUUUCGCUUCUUCCAUGGAGCCUGGGUAUUCUGGGCACAACCACCACUUCCAUCAUGGUUUCGUGUCUAGGACUUUGGGUUAUGGCACUUUCUACAACCGAGGUGUUAGGAGCCAUUCGAUUUUCUCGCCGAGAUCUGGGAGAUUUUAUGAUGCAAGAUUCGAAGAUCACCAACCCCACUUUCUUCAAGCUUGUUCUCUUUGCAAGAAGCGUCUCGGGGAUAAUAGUGACAUCUUCAUGUACAAAGGGGACACGCCUUUUUGCAGCGAAGAGUGUAGACAAGAGCAAAUGGAGAGAGACGAAGCCAAGGAGAAGAAUAAUAACCUUUCUUCUUCGAUGAAGGCUUUGAGAAAAAAAGAGCAAAGAAAUUCUGUCUCCCCAAACAAGACCCAAGAUUACUCAUUUCGUGCAGGGACGGUUGCUGCUGCUUAGUUGAAACUUGUAUGGUGAUUAGCUAUUAAGAGGAAAGAAGAACGAAAAAAACAGUUUAACCGCUACAGCCUUCUCAAAAAAGAAAGGAAGAAAAAAAAGGAGGAAAACAGAUGAACAAAGGAAAGUAGAAGCCAAGUUCCAAUCCAAGUUACUUUCUUUUCCUCGAAGAAGGGUCAAGAGAGAAGAGAUCCCCCCCUAAAAAAAAGGAUUUUUGUUCAUGAAGCUGUAUAUGGUAAUACGUGUAGAGAAGUUCGUUGCGUGUGGGAUCCUCUCUCCCAAUUGGCUCUUUUUCGGGUUUAUUUUUUAUAAAAAAAAACAUAUAUAUCAAUGUCUCUUAGUUACUUACUAGUACUAUUUUAUAUGAUGGUGUGGUGUCUAAUAGUUUCAAAGUUUUAACGAAGAAACUGAAUAGUACCAAUUUAGUUGAUAUUUCUUUCCCUGAUUCCAUUUGUAUAUUUUUAGCCUUUUAUGUGGCAUUUGAUUUAAAUAUGAAAAUCCAAGAAGGCAGAAAAAAUGUA